AUGGGUCUAGUAUACUGGCUCCAGUAGUUUUUGAUCCUGCUUACUGAAGAGUGCACAAUAUUGAUACAUAUUUUCAUGCUUAAAUUGCUAAUUCUUAAAGAUACUAAAGGCAAAUUUGAUUUAGAACAAUGUUUAUUUUAUUAAAAUUUAGAAAGAAUAGGUUUAGGAUUAUUAGCCAUCGGAGCAGCGGAUACUAUUUAGCUAUUCAUAUAGAAAUUGGAUUUUGAGAAGUACUUAAAAUACUUUUAAGAGAUUGAAUAGGAGUAAAAUUAAAGUGGAUUAGAGUCUUUAUGUUAGUAAAGAAGAAAUAAAAUAUCGUGA